AUGGAGCAAACCAAGCUAAUUAGGUCUAAUCUAGGCCAGGUCUCCGUGCAGUUUCAACCUUUUCAUAAUAGAAGCGGACAACUUCGUGCUGCUAAAUCUGUUUCUAUGCCAUUUUCAAAUGUGGAUAGAAGGCAGCCCAGAAUGCGUGCCAGUCAAAUGCAGCAAUCUAGUUCAGUUGUAUGUCAUGUUGGUUUGAAUGCAAGGUGCUCUGCAGCGACUUCAGAGCAAACAAAAACCGUGACACGGAAGGCUCUAACAAUUACUGGCACUCCUGGCAAGGAGAAGGCAGCAAAACUUGAUGACGGUGGAUUUGGUUUUCCACCCUAUCAUGAUGGCGGUGGAGGCGGCGGCGGUGGAGGCGGAGACAGUUCGUCAGGUGGAUGGAUCCUUUUUGCUGUUCUUGGUGUCUUAGGCUUUUUAAAAGAUAAAGAAAUUGAGUGGCGUAAUCAGAAGGAUAAAUGAAAAUUAGUGAGUAUUUUCACCAGUGUAAACAAGGACAUUUGGCUUACAUUAUUGGUAUUAAAGAUUUUCGCUCUAAAUUUCUUUGAUUUGACUAGAUGACUAAAGUUUGAUUAAUUAGAGAAGGUUUAUCUUGAGCGAGGCUAGUA